CCUCCGGCCUCCGGCCUCCUGCCUCCUGCCUCCUGCCUCCUGCCUUCCUUCCCUUCCCGCGGUUGCAUGGUCCCCGCUGGCUGAUUAUGCUCUGAACUUAUCCGCCUCGGUUCACAAUCACCGCCGCAAUCCUCUUCUGGGGUGCUUCCGAUGGCCAUUUGAACCCUAAGUAUGAAUUCUGUCGAGUCCAUACGACCUUCUACUCGCCACGAAUUCUACGACCCAGACGAUGUUGGUCCGCGAGACUCUCCACAGCUCAAACCCAUGAAAAUAAACUACAUGCCAUCUCCGAGUCCGCCGCCCGCUGUCCCUCUCCCACCACUCAGUGCAGAGUCCACUCCCGAACCAGCGGAGGAAGGUUGUCGCAAACCCCCUACACGAUCGAAGCCACGUCCGAGUCACGGCGAUGCUGUAUUAAUAUCAUUCAUGGCGGACGGAAAACAUGUUGAUAUUGCGCGCGACGCUGGAGAAAAACCGUUGGCAUCAGAAAUUGAGGAGGACGAAUUGCCGAUGAAGAGGGGUACAGAAGUCGUGGUCUCGAACGUGGGGGAAAAUGACGAUACUAUGGCCGUGGUGGAAGAACCUGUCGCGCAGAAGACUGCAAUCACUUCCGAUAUAUUGGCUGCUAUGCAAACUCUGGCUGCGGACGCAUUGAGAGAAACCGCGCGACAUAGCCCAGAGGAGGCGCAAAGGGUCGAGCAACCGGAAAGUCCGAAAUUGAAGGUCGAGCAGCCUCAGACUGAGUCGGAACCUAUGGAAGGUGUCAAGGCAACGUCGGUGCCGUCAAUUCCAAAACUCUACGUGGAUAGACUAUCGCCAGCCUCACACUUAUCACCCGACAGGAGACAUGAUGCGGUUGUGUCUUCACCCGUCGCAGUGGGAGAAUUACCACCAAUAUUACAUCACUCGCCUCAAUCUAGCUUGACAAAUGGAAAUGGGCCUAGUCAGAUUACGUUGCCGUCGAUUUCUGACCAGCUAGGAGAUAUAAAUCAUCUUCCAGAGCCAGUUCCAACCGGCGAGAGUGCGUUUUCUCAAUCUCCACCUGGAAGACCACCACAACACCGAUUUCCACCUGUGCCAAGCCAUGGAUCCCCACCAAAAUCUCCGAACGAUAUAUUCCAACGGAAUCAACUACCUUCGCCUGGUCGCUACUACCCCGCGUACGCCAACCGGAGACAUUCCCAGAGCAAUGGUGAACCUUCACAGUACCAGAGUCCAACCGACCAUAGCGGAAGUAACACAGAAACUCCAGCAUCAGACCAGUCAGGCUCAACUCCUGGUGUGUCAGUAACGAACCGUAUGAGUAUCGAGGGGAUUACAAACCCCCAGAUCGGAGGUUACCAGUGCAAUUACCAAGGCUGUACCGCCCCACCAUUUCAGACACAGUACCUCUUGAAUUCUCACGCGAAUGUACAUUCUCAAAAUCGACCUCACUACUGCAGUGUGAAGGGAUGUCCCCGAAGCGAGGGUGGGAAGGGAUUCAAGCGGAAGAACGAAAUGAUCAGACACGGCCUGGUUCACGAUUCUCCCGGAUACGUUUGCCCUUUCUGUCCUGAUAGGGAACACAAAUAUCCCCGACCAGACAAUCUUCAAAGGCAAGUUGUUUCCUGCUUAAUGGACUUUAUUACAAUCUAACUCUAAGCAGACAUGUUAGAGUCCAUCAUGUAGACAAAGACAAAGACGACGCUCAGCUCCGUGAUGUCUUGUCACAGCGACCAGAAGGUCCUAGCAGAGGCCGCCGGCGACGAGGCGGCACUUCAUGACCAUCCGUAUGCUACUUGGAUUCAACAGGCAUGCGUCCAACUGUCAAACCGAGUAGCAUUAACAUCAGUGUCUGAUGUUGAAACAUGGUGAAAGUGCGUCAUCCAAUGAAAACAUUUGGGAUAAAACAGGAUCAUCUGUGAUAACCUGAGAUUUACUGACAUGUUCCGAAUCGGAGACUGAUGUCUGGGGCAUGUGCGAUUUUUUGAUUGGCGUUAAGAGUGAACGGCAGGAAGGAAAGGCUUUUGGGGAUGUGCAGUGACUAAUUGAUUGCUUCUUCGUCCCCGAAGUGGAGUUUUACGGCGCUUGGAUUUUAUAGGUGGAUUCCCCCGAGGUUCGAUUUAUACCAGAGAUGUGAUGCUAUCAAUAGCAAGGGUAUCUGUGUGCUGGGCUGAGUGGGCGUGGAGGGUUGUUACCUGUUUCUUUCUUCUUAAGGCACCUGAGCGGUGCUGAUGAGCGAUAAGGCCAGACUACUGAGAUGGAUCGGGCUGGUAUGGGUGGUGUCGUGUGUUUGUGUGUGUGUUGAGCUCGCAGCCAAACAACAAACCACUGUCGUUCACUAAGCGGACACUGGGUUUUCAUUUGGUUUGCUGAAAGUUGGAACUGGAUUUCUUGUCCAUACAUUGGCCACUUACGUACCUUGAACGAUUUUGAAUAAGAUGAGAUGAAACGACAUAAGCUGAGAUGAGAUGAGAUGAGAACGCUUGGAAGGUGAAAAGAGCAAACGCUAUCCUCUCCAUGUCCAUCUUUCUUAGCUGUCCUCCAGGGCUGUCAUGUAUGAUGGCAGGAGGCUACCGACGAUAAGCGACCCAAUGAGGAAGCUAAGCUCGGCUGCAUGGGCAGCCAGUGAGACAUCUAGACUACGAGUUCCUCAGCUUCUGUUGUGAAGAGGUAAGUCAAGGUGUAAGUUACUUCCUAUAUGAUCACGGGCCACAGCUAGGUCAGAUCCGUACUGUUUUAGAAUACCAAAGGCGGCGAGAAGGCACAGUGGCGCUUGCUAGUGUAAGUUUCGGAGUAUUGGAGUUCUAGUAGUAACGUGAUAGAGAUAAUAAAGAGCUAAGGUACCUACCUA